AUGGUGUCUAUCGCCUUAGAAAGGUAUUUGGUUAUCACCUGGCCUCUGUGGUACCACUUAAGAAGAAGCAUCAAAUCUUCUGUGUUGGUCUCCAUCACGGUCUGGGUCUUCUGCUUCAUUGAGUUCAUUAUAUCAUCUUUUGUGCCCAUUUUCCGUCCCAUCCUCCUCCUCAUCCCCUUCCCCCUGCUCAUCUUUUUCCUGGCUAGGACAUUCAAAGCCCUGUCUGUGGCCAUUUCUGUUUCUCCUAAAGAAAAAUGGCACAUCAAAGGAACUUUAGUCCUGGUGCUGCUGAACUACACACUGCUGUUCUUGCCUUGGGUCAUUUGGAUCUUGAUAAAGGCAUGCUGUGAAACUUAUAUUUUUGAUUUGAGUCUCUUUAGAACUUUUGUUCAAUUCAGUCCUCUUGCAGACUUGGCUUUAUAUAUUUUCAUAAGGAAAGGGGCUACAGACAAGCUGCUGACCUCCCUGUGUUGUUGCAGAAUGUUAAGAGAGGAAGAGCAGAGCUAGGUAGCCACCACAAAAAUGAAUAACCACUGUUCUGUGUAGACAGAACAGGAUAGCUAUGAUAGCCAUUUAUGUGCAUUUACAUUCAAUAAUUACCUCCCCAUAAGAUAGUUUAAUUGCACCAACCCGCUUCUACAAAUCAUGUUUGCAUAUUAUUUAUUUUAACAUCAAAUAUGUCUCGAAGGACACCAAUGUUGCCACUGAAAAUGCAUUAGUAAAAUGUUCACAGACAAAAUAUCACUUAUAAUAUCCACUUGUAGUAACUACAGCAUUAUUAAACAUUUUUAUGGACAUAUUGAGACAAUUCCUGUACUUCUGUAGGUCAGACUUCAAACUGUGUG